AUGGAUCUAUCUAUCUAUCUAUCUAUCUAUCUAUCUAUCUAUCUAUCUUUUAUCUAUAUCGUCAUCUAUCUAUCUAUCUAUCUAUCUAUCACAUUAAUGUUCAUGAUGGGAAUCUAUCUAUCUAUCUAUCUAUCUAUUAUGUAUGUAUUUAAUCUUAUAUCUAAAUAUUAUUUAAUCUAUCUAUCUAUCUAUCUAUCUAUUUCAGUCUACUCUUAUCUAUCUAUCUAUCUAUCUAUCUAUCUAUCUAUCUAUCACAUUGAUGUUCAUGAUAUUGCUCUCUUCAUAUCUAUCUAUCUAUCUAUCUAUCAUUCUGAUGUUCAUGAUAUUGCGUAUGUAUGUAUGUAUGUAUUUGGCUUUCUCAGUCUCUUCAUAUCUAUCUAUCUAUCUAUCUAUCUAUGUAUGUAUUUGGCUAUCUAUCUAUCUAUCUAUCAUUCUGAUUCUCUUCAUAUCUAUCUAUCUAUCUAUCUAUCUAUCUAUCUAUCUAUCAUUCUGAUGUUCAUGAUAUUGCGUAUGUAUGUAUGUAUUUGGCUAUCUCAGUCUCUUCAUAUCUAUCUAUCUAUUUAUCUAUCUCUAUCUAUCUAUCAUUCUGAUGUUCAUGAUAUUGCGUAUGUAUGUAUGUAUUUGGCUAUCUCAGUCUCUUCAUAUCUAUCUAUCUAUCUAUCUAUCUAUCUAUCUAUCAUUCUGAUUCUCUUCAUAUCUAUCUAUCUAUGUAUGUAUUUGGCUUUAUCUAUCUAUCUAUCUAUCUAUCUAUCUAUCUAUCUAUCUAUCUAUCUAUCUAUCAUUCUGAUGUUCAUGAUAUUGCGUAUGUAUGUAUGUAUUUGUCUAUCUCAGUCUCUUCAUAUCUAUCUAUCUAUCAUUCUGAUAUCUAUCUAUCUAUCUAUUUGGCUAUCUCAGUCUCUUAUCUAUCUAUCAUUCUGA